AUGGCAAGUGUCAAGCACCCUGGGAAUCCUGGCUGGACAGGGCACCACACAGCCCAGUGUAUGGCAAGGACCCAGCAGGAAACACCAGCCACCGGUGCAAACCUCCCACACUCAGGACCUGAAGAAAACUUAGAUGCACCCAGCAUCGUAAACCCCAACUCCAACAUGACCACACGAGAGCUGCAGGAGUACUGGAGGAACGAGAAAGGCCACUGGAAACACGUCAAGUUGCUCUUUGAGAUCGCGUCGGCCCACAUUGAGGAGAGAAAGGCCUCCAAGUUCGUGAUGUACCAAAUCGUUGUCAUCCAGACGGGGAGUUUUGACAGCAACAAAGCCGUCCUGGAACGGCGCUAUUCAGACUUCGAGCAGCUCCAGAAAAAUCUCCUAAAGACUUUCAGGGAAGAGAUCGAAGACGUCGCCUUCCCCAAGAAGCGCCUGAUGGGGAACUUCACCGAGGAGAUGAUCUGUGAGCGCAAGCUGGCCUUCAAGGAGUACCUGAGCCUGCUCUACACCAUCCGCUGCGUGCGCCGCUCUCGCGAGUUCAUCGACUUCCUCACGCGGCCCGAGCUCAGGGAGGCCUUCGGCUGCCUGCGCGCGGGUCAAUACACCAAGGCCUUGGACAUACUGACGCGCGUGGUGCCGCUGCAGGAGAAGCUGACCCGCCACUGCCCCGUCGCGGUGGUCCCGGCCCUCUGCGCCAUGCUGGUGUGCCACCGUGACCUCGAGCGCCCCCUGGAGGCCUUCGCCACUGGCGAGAGGGCCCUGCAGCGCCUGCAGGCCCGGGAGAGCCACCGGUACUAUGCCCCUCUGCUGGACGCCAUGGCCCGCCUGGCCUACGCGCUGGGCAAGGACUUUGUGUCUCUGCAAGAGAGACUGGAGGAGACCCAGCUCCGGAAGCCCGCCACCCGGGGACUCACCCUGAAGGAACUCACGGUCAGAGAAUAUUUGUGCUAA